UGACUAAAGAGCAUAAUCCUAUUUUUGUUGGUACCUUUAUUGAUUUAGAGCUUAAUGAUGUUAUUGUAACUUUAUAUCAUGAAUUCGAUCAACAAAAUGCUGAAUAUAUAGAAGAAGUCCGUAGACUUCAUGUUCGUUUUGAAUAUCAGCAUUUGCCGAAUCCCCAAAAUUUACUUAAUGAACAUUCUAAUUUACGUAUUAUGAAACGCCAACCUCCUCCUGAUGAUAGUGAUGAUGAUGACAUUCCCAUGAUGGUUACUCCUAUCAUAGCUGGUGAUGGACGUUGUUUUCGACCUGAUCUAAAUUAUUAUCUUCUACCAUGGAAUUCAGAAGUCGUGCGCAAUAAUAUUGGAAAAAUGACAGGAAUGGGUCGACUUGAAAGGGAAAUCGAUUUUGCCAUCCUCAAAAUACCUAAUAAUCUCGAUUUCCGUUUACACCGAGAGCCUUUAAAUCUCAAUCCGCUGCCGUCUACUGCAAAUGAUAAUAAAGAUAUUGGAGGACCCGUAUUUUCUUAUCAUAUGAAUAUAAUUGAUGGUGAUUUACGGACUUCUAGAUCGGGUUUAAGUAGUAUACUCACAGGAGGCAUAGGACAUUUUGCCUUUAUGACACAAUUAGAUAAAAUUCGUGACGAGGCAAAGAUAUAUGUUGUUAGUUCUACGGGCAUACAUUAA